UUUUGGUUUUUUUGUUUGUUUUAGUUAUUACUAGACCAGAAAGGGUAACUGGGCCCCAAAGAACUCUCAUCAAGGGAGGUGAGAUUUCAGAGAACAGACUGGAAUAAUUUCCACCCUGCCACCCCAACCAGAGAAUGAAGUCCCAGGAAGCUAUAGAGAUGUGCCCUCUUAAAAGGUUAGAUAAGGAGUCAACAAUAAGUUUAAUUGGGCAAUCACCCUUUAAAGACUGUGACAGUUACACCAGGUAGUCACGCAACUGUGGCCAGAUUUGAGGCAGGAGGGCUGAGAUGAUGAGUGUAGAAUGCUUCUAGCAUUACCAGUGAGUUUUGAGGUGGCUCAGUUAUUAGAAGACAGAGAGAGAGAAAGAGAGAGAGAGAGAGAGAGAGAGAAGGAAAUUCUGAGACACAUUACAACAUGGAAGAACCUCGAAAACAUUACACACUAAGCCAGUCACAAAAGGGCAAACAUUGCAUGAUUCCACUCAUAUGAGGUGCCUAAGGUAGUCAAACUCCUGCAGAGAAUGUAAUAGUGGACCCCACGGGUGGAGAGGAAGGGGAAUGUGGAGUUAUUGUUUAAUGAGUCUAGAGCUUAUGGUUGGGAAGAUGAGAAGAUCUACAGAUAGACAGUGUGAUGGUUGCACAACCAUAUGAAUGUACUUGAUGGCACCACACUUAAAAAUGAUUAGGGGUGGGGGCACCUGGGUGGCUCAGUCAGUGAAGCGUCUGACUUUGGCUCAGGUCAUGAUCUCACGAUUUGUGAGUUCGAGCCCUGAGUGGGGCUCUGUGCUGAUGGCCUGGAGCCUAUUUCAGAUUCUGUGUCUCCCUCUCUCUCUCUGCCCCUCCCCUGCUCAUGAUCUGUCUCUCUGUGUCUCAAAAAUAAAUCUUAAGAAAAAAAUUUUUUAAUGGUUAGGAGAGUCAGGGUGACUCAGUCGGUUGGGCAUCUGACUCUUGAUUUUGGCUCAGGUCGUGAUCUCACAGUUCGAGAGUUUGAGCUCUGCAUUGUGCUCUGCUCUGACAGUGCAGAACCUGCGUGGGACUCUUUCUCUCCCCCUCUCUCUGUUCCUCUCCCACUUGUGCUUGCUCACUCUCUCUCCAAAUAAAGAAACUUUUAAAAUGGUUAAAAUAGUAGAUGUUAUGUAUGUGUAUUUUACUGCCAUUUUUUUAAAAAGUGCUUGAAGAUUGUAAUAAAUUCAUGCAACGUGUAAUGCCAGUAGCAUGCAGUAGGGGGCAAAGGAGCUUAAGCUUCACUGAAAAGCUUGAUUCAAGCACGCCUGCAGCCAGUUCUGGUCCAGCCAACAAAUCAUCCACACCUGCAGCUUUGCUAGAGCCGCUGCAAGCCAGGGGGUGCUUGAGGGUUUGGAUUUUCUUUCACUGGUCGCUGAUUAAACCUGGUCAGUUCUUCUACUCAGAAUGGAUGAUCCCAUCCUUGUGGUGAGGUUUCUCCAGCUUUUAUUUUCCUGUAGUACAUGUUAAUAUCAUCUGCUUUGGCUAUUUAAAGCAUAUUUGUUGCUCCUUUACUAAAGUUCUGCAUUUGUGUUUUAUGUCAAAAAGUAGGAGCCCAUCUAAUAGAUUUUGUACAAUGUAGAUAUCUUGUUCAGUUUCCUGCAAAAGUCCACGGUGGCUGAAGAUGGCCAUGUGGCCGCUAUAGAGUACAGGAUGAUUAAUAGCACCUAAGCACCUGAUUCCUAGAAGAGCUUUACCACAGACCACCUAUACUGAGUGAUGAAUUGAAGUUCUGUGUACGGUCUAAGUUUUAUUUCAGUUCUCAUGAGUUCAUAACUUAGGAAUGGAUGUAGACAAAGUCUCUUGAGCUUUGUGAUACCUAGCAGAGUGACCUCUAGUAGCUGCAUGCCACUUCAGAGAAAGGCGCACGGGGUGGGAAGGGAGGAAGAAGCCACCAUAACAGCUAUCCCUGAGAGUGGAAUCAACAUGGGUAAUCACAUCCUAAAAAACUUCAUUUCACAGUUUGAAAAGCCUUCAAUCUGGGUGCCGGAAGGGACUAGAUAGGUCUGGGUUCACAUCCAUACUCUGUGACUUAUUCACUGAGUUACUUUGGGUAAGUUACUUAACCUCUGAGUUUUGGCUUCUCCAUUUGUGAAAUAGGGAUAAAAAUGGCCACCAUUUGGGGUGCCUGGGUGGCUCAGUCAGGAAAGCGUCCAACUUCGGCUCAGGUCAUGAUCCUGUGGUCCGUGAGUUUGAGCCCCAUGUCGGGCUCUGUGCCGACAGUUCAGAACCUGCAGCCUGCUUCAGAUUCUGUGUCUCCCUCUCUCUCUCUCUCUCUCUCUCUCUCUGUCUGCCCCUCGCCUGCUCAUGUAUGCGCACGUGCUGUCUCUCAAAAAUAAACAUUAAAAAAACCUUUUUUAAAAAGGCCACCAUUUUGUUAAGUUAUUGAAGGGAUUGAACAAGAUAGUGUAUGGAAAACAUUUAGCUCUAUGCCAGGCACAUAGGUGACACCCAAAAAAUGUCAUUCUUGCUCUUUCUUAUGUUGCAAAGAUUGUACAACAUGCUAUAGGUUUUAACCCUUUCUCUACUUUUUUGCAUCACUGGGAAAAGAAAAGUUAGAUGGUUAAGUAUUCUUUGAUAAAUCACUAACAGUCAUUUCAUAGUGUCUUUUGAUUUGGAUUUUUAAAUCAUAAGCUAUUAAAAGUCAUUCUCUUUUUUACCUAUUUUCAGCAGAGUAGUAAUAGUAGGAGGAGUAUGAUAAAAAUAUGCAAUACAUAUUGAAUGCAUCUUUCAUAAAAAUUUUAUGUUAUACUUUUUAAAAUGUUGUAAUGAAAUGCCAUAGUGCACAUGCAUUGACUGAGAGAUAGUACCUUUUUAUUUUCUUACAUUAAGGAAAGUUCAAAAGAGUUAGUUCCUCUCCCUUCUUUAGAAUAAAUUACAGAUGAGGUUGUGGUAUUGGGUAGGGAGAAGAGGUGAGUAAUGUAUAGAGAUCAUGACACCUCCUUUCAGGGGAUUCUAGAAGUAGCAACUAGGUUAGAUAUUGUCGCAUUUUUCAAGGGCUUAUAGCCUCUGAACCUAGGGGCUUUAAGUAAGCUGCUAAAAAUUUAAUUACUCUGUGAGAUGAUGAUGUUAAAAACACUUUUGUCAGUUUAAUGACUAUAACUGUCAGUGUCCUGCCAAGCCACAUUGGAUCCUGAGACAAAAGCAAAAUUCAGUAAUACUGAUCCUGUCUUCACGAAAAUUUUUGAUAUUUUGUUCAUUGUGAAUUUUUAUGUUAAAAGUAAUUUUAAAAUAUUCCAUUAAAACAUUGUUUAUCUUGAUUCUUGAAUUUCUUGACACUCCUUAAAAUUUGUGUCUGAAAUCACCCUACCCUUGGCCUAGAUAACUGCUACCAUUUGAAUAAGCCACACAUGGUAACAGUGAUUUAUAUACGUGAUCUCUUGUGCCUCUGCACAAAAUUUAUUUUAUAGAUGAAAAACUGAACCUUUCAGCAGUUAAAUAAAUAGUCUAGGUUAACACAGGCAGUAAAUGACUAAGAUAGGACUUGAACACAAAUCUAUCAGUCCCCAACACCAAACUCAUGAUCUGACCAUCAUGUACUACACCAUAUCAGGAAUUCACAACACAAAUUCAUUCAUUCAACACACAUUUUUGAGAACAUAUUAUGUGCCAUCAUGUGCUAAGAGAUACAGAAUUGAAUUUAUUUAUUUAUUUUAAAAGACUUUAUUUUUCAAAGUAAUCUCUACACCCAACGUGGAGCUCGAACUCACAACCCUGAGAUCAAGAGUCACACAUUUCAACAACUGAGCCGGCUAGGCACCCCUCAUUCAUAGAUACAUUUAAAGAGUAUUUACUGAGCAUGUGCUUUGUGCACUAUUCUAUUAGGUGGGGAUACAGAAGUGAAAAAGCUCAUCAGUUCCUUUCUUCUCUCAUGGGUGUAAGAUGUGGAAGAGACAGUCAAUAAACAAGUGCUCUGUUUUGAAGAGAAAUAAAAUAAGGUGAUGUGAACUAAUAGCAAGUCUGGCCAGUUUAGAUUAGGUAGAUGGUCAAGUCAGGACUCUUAGAGGAGAUAAACUUUUUUUUUCAAAAAUUUUUUUAUUGCUGAGAGAGAGACAGAGUAUGAGCAGGGGAGGGGCAGAGAGAGAGGGAGACACAGAAUUCGAAGCAGGCUCCAGGCUCUGAGCUGUCAGCACGGAGCCUGACGCGGGGCUCAAACCCACAGACCGUGAGAUCAUGACCUGAGCCAAAGUCGGAGGCUCAACCAACUAAGCCACCCAGAUGCCCUUAGGAGAUAAACUUUUUAAGCCAAGAUCUAAAUGAGAAGAGAGAUCCAGCCAAGGAAGGGCUGGGAAAGAGUAACCCAAGGGAGAGGGGGGCAGGAAAUCCAGUGCAAAGUCCUAAGGUCAGAGUGAGUAUAGUUGUGGCCAGGGAGCAAAAAGAAGGACAGUAUGACUGGAGUGUAGAGGGCCAGGAGAAGGGUGGUAUGAAGAGAGAUCCUAGAAAGAAGCAAGAGCAGCUCAUGGAGAGUGUUAUAAACCAAUUUCAGGUGUUUGGGUUUUAUUCUAAAUGUAACAGUAUGUAGUUAGGACAUAGGUUGGCUGCUGUAACAAAAUAUAGUGGCUUAAACAAGACAGGGCUCAACAGAAUGGUUCAGUCCAUGUCAGUCCUUAUAAGUAAUUGAUAUAAAACCUAAACUGUGUGGCAUUUGCAGACUUACUCAUUAGGUUCCUUGGACUCUAUGAUGGGAAAGUUUAAAGAAUUAGUAUGACUUAGUGAGAUAUAAUUUUAUUAUGAUUAGGUUAUUACAAGAUAUUUUGAAAACAAAUUUACCUUGACUCACCCUAGAGAAUCAAGGUAGCUGAGGGGCUAAGACACCAGGCACUGGACUCACCAUCUAUUAACUUUGUGACUCUGAGGCAGUCAUAUGACCUCUCUAAGCACCACCUUCCAUAUCUGUGAAAGGUAAACUGCGGUAGCAGUGAUGCUGUAAGGCUGUUGUUGUAAGGAUCAAGCUAUAUACAAUUAGUAUUACAUAGCUCAAUGAAUGUUAGUGGUUGUUAUUAAAAAGACAUCAAGUGGCCACUGCCUCAUUUGCAUGACAGAGUCAGUAGGGAGUGGAGAUGCUAUCUGCCUUGAAUAGAUAUAAAUGUAUGGAUUCAUCACCGAGGACAAGUUACUAAGGUCAUCCUAAAGGUGGGCAAUGGAUUAAUGUUAUGGUACUGGUAACAAAUUUAUUUUCCCAUAUUUUUAAAGUCUGGAAAAUUAUCAUGAACAUAAAGUUGUAUUAUAGGGGCUCUUUUUUUUAUGUUCUUAUAUUGAUCAUUGGAUGCUAUAUUAAGUGUCAUAUAAAAAGGAGUGACCAAGAAAAGGCUACCUGGGAUAAAUUGGAAGAAUAUUCUCAGUGGAAAGGUGAAAAUCCCAGGCCAGUUCCAGGUUACCAUCUUCUCAACCCCAUUCCCCACCCAGUGUCUUUUGUGCUUUCUUCCCCUGAGCACACAAUGGACAAGGAAUAUCAAAAUCAAAGUUUUCUCUUUACAGUCAUGUCACAAGAUGGUCAAGCAUUUCUGUAUCCAUUUUUCUAUAUUCUACAAAAUAGUUUUAUAAAGUAUUUCAUUUUUAAGUUAUUUUGGGAAAUGUCCACAUUUUCUAGAAUUUCUAAACAACAACGACAAACUUAGGCAGGUUCUAGAGAAAGAAAAAUCUAGAUGAGCAUGAGGUAAUAUUCCAGGUGUCCUCUUGUAUGAGUUCUGCCUGUUUUGUCCCCCCACCAUGCCUUCAUACAUAUUAUCUCAUUUAUUUGUCUUGAAACUCUGGGAGGGGAAUACUAUUUCCUGCAUUUUACAGAUGAGGAAACUCAUGGAUGCAGAAUUCUGAGGACUUUGAGAGAAGAGUCAGACUUCAAGUUGUUUGGACACAGAACAGAGGCAAUUAAAGAACUAAGUUUUUCAUAAUAUUCAUUAUUCAAUAUAUUUAUUAAGUACCCACUCUGCUGGGAACUUUUCUGGGCACUGGGGCUAUAGCAAUGAAUAAAACAGAUAGAACUUCUGUUCCUACAUAGCUUACAUUCUAGUAAGGGGUAAGAAAAGAGAGUCUAUAAAAAAAUAAUAAAUGUGCAUGUUAGGUGGUGAGAAGGGCUAGAAAGAAAAAUAACUUUUUGGGGCACCUGGGUGGCUCAGUUGGUUAAGCAUCUGACUUCAGCUCAAGUCAUGAUCUUGCAGUUCACGACUUCGAGCCCCACAUCAGGCUCUGCUGAUAGCUCUGAGCUUGGAGCCUGCUUUGAAUUGUGUGUCUCCCUCUCUCUCUCUCUGCCCCUCCCCUGCUCAUGCUCUGUCUCUCUCUGUCUCUCAAAAAUAAUGAACAUAAAAAUGUUUUUUAAAAAAGAAAAGAAACAUAACUUUAAGAUAAGGAGAAUAGAGAGUGGGGAGUGAUAUUUUGUAGAGGGUGGUCAAAAAAGUCUCUCUGAUGUGGUGAUCUUCAUGCAGAGAUGUGAAGGGAGUGAGGGAGCAUGCCACUUGUCAUCUAGGGAAAGUGUAUUUUGGAAAAAGAACAGCAAAUCCAAGUUCAAAAAUCUGAUGUGGGAGCAUGCUUGGAAAGUAUAAGGAAUGACCAGACUAGAGUUGGAGAAAUGGAUUGAAGAUGUCAGCUGUUGCAAGGACUCAGGAUUUUCCUCCAGUUGAAAUAAGAAAAUAGUGGAGGAUUUUUACUAGAAGAGGGUCAGAUUCUGAUGUACAUUUUAAAGAUUCCUCUGUUUGUUGGGUGGAAAUGACUGAAGAGGCACAAGGUUGAUAGGAAAGACCCCCUGGGUCUCUAUCAAGAAGUGGUUAGAUUCUAAUAUUAAAUUUGUAAACUCUUAAACUUUAUGUCUUCCUACACCAUGCACUGGGAAAACACCAAGGUGAGGUAAGUACCUUGGUGAGAGUUUUCCUGCUUAAUACAUGCGUGUAUAUUCUGCUUAAUACAUGUGCCCAAUACACACCAACCCUCACUUUCCUCAGGCUGGUCACUCCCACAGAACAGCAGGAGGAACAAAUGAUAUAAUACUCCAUGGGAAGAUAUGGUGUAGUGAGACCUCUCUGCUGUUCAUGCUAUCCCAUUGUUCUGAGAAGCUAUGUGUGUGUGUGCCCAUGUACCUGUGCAGACAUGGUGUAUAUAUGUUGGCACUGUAGAAAGCCCCCAAGAAAUGGAAACUGUUAUUAUCAUUAUUUCUCUUAUUUGUCAGUGAUCCAGAUUGCUGUUGCCACCAACCUGAAGACAUAUGGAACCAUAAGGACUGGAACCAUUCUGUUUAUUUCUGUUUUAGACCUUCCAUGUGCAUGGCUAAGCAUUGUUGAAAAUCAGAUAUUAGCUCAAAGGACUCUCUAUGUCCACAAAUGUAAAAGUUGAGGAACAAUUCCUUGACGUUAAUUCAGGAGCCCAUAGUAUUUGGUAAUAACAAAGUACCUUCAUUGAGAGUUUAAAUCUUGCACAAAAACUGCACAUAGAUGUUUAUAGCUGCUGUAUUCAUAAUUGCCAAAACUUGGAAGAAACCAACAUGUCCUUCAGUAGGUGAAUGGAUAAACAAACUAUGGUACAUCCGGAUAAUGGAAUACUAUCCUGUGCUAAAAGGAAACAAACUAUCAAACUAUGCAAAGAAUGGAGGAACUUUAAAUGCAUACUAGUAAGUAAAAUAAGCCAAUCUGAAAAAGCUAUAUACUGUAUGUUUCCAGCCAAAUGACAGUCUGAAAAGGACAAAACUAUGGAGACAAUAAAAAUAUCAAUGGUUCUAAAGGGUUGUGGAGUACAAGGAAGAUGAAUAGGCAGAGCAUCGAGGAUUUUUAGGGCAAUGAAUGUAUGCAUAAUGAUGAAUGCAUGCCACUAUACGUUUGUCCAAACUCAUAGAAUGUCCAACACCAAGAGUGAAAAAUAAUGUCAAUUGUGGACUUUGAGUGAUUAUACUGUGUCAAUGUAGGUCCAUCGAUUGUAACAAGUGUGCCAUGUUGCUAACUGGGGAGGCCAUGCAGGUGUGGGGUUGGGGGGAUAUGGAAAAAUUUCUAUACUUUCUCCUCAAUCUUUCUGUGAGCCUUAAACUUCUCUAAAAGAAUAAAAUCUUAAAAUUUUUCACUUUCAAUUUUCUUAAAGCCUUCAGGCUAUCCAAAUGGGAUGCAAGGGAGUGUUGAAUAUGGCCUGGCAAUGAAAUUCCGAAGUUGAACUGGGAGAAAGGCACUUCUGCCAACUAUUAUAUGUAUCCCUUCUGGGAAUUCUGACUUGCCUCAGUGAUGGGGAUAUGCACAGCAACUGGCUUGGAAAUCUGUAAGCCAAACUCUCAGAUCAUGUCACGAUCUCAGAUCAUGUCAAAGACUCAAUAUACAGGAUUUUGAACUCAUCUUCAUCAUCCAUAUGAAGGAACCAAGUGAUUGAAUCCUUGGAAUUACAAUGACACUUAUCAGAAGCGUUUAUGUAUUUUGUAGUAUUGUUAUGUCAGUGCUGGGCUACGCGUCAAAGCCGCCAGAAGACAGGGAAUUGACAACCAACUGCUCCAACAUGUCCCUAAGAAAGGUUCCUGAAGACUUGAGCCCAACCACAACCACACUGGAUUUAUCCUACAACCUCCUUUCUCAGCUUCAGAGUUCAGAUUUUCGUUCUGUCUCUAAACUGAAAGUUUUGAUUCUAUGCCAUAACAGAAUCCAAGAGCUGGAUAUCAAGACCUUUGAAUUCAACAGAGAGUUAAGAUAUUUAGAUUUGUCUUACAACAGAUUGAAGAUUGUAACUUGGUAUUCACUGGCAGGUCUCAGACAUUUAGAUCUUUCUUUCAAUGACUUUGACAGUGUGCCUAUCCAUGAGGAGGCUGGCAACAUGUCACAUCUGGAAAUCCUGGGUUUGAGUGGGGCAAAAAUACGAAAAUCAGAUUUCCAGAAAAUUGCUCAUUUGCAUCUAAAUACAGUCUUCUUAGGAUUAAGAAGUCUUUUUUAUUAUGAAGAAGGUAGCCUGCCCAUCUUAAACACAACAAAACUUCAUAUUGUUUUACCAAUGAACACAAAUUUCUGGGUUCUUUUGCGUGACGGAAUCAAGACUUCAAAAAUACUAGAAAUGACAAACAUAGAUGGCAAAAGCCAAUUUUCAACUUAUGAAACUCAACAAAAUCUUACUUUAGCGAAUUCCAAGACAUCUAUUCUAUUGCUUAAUAAAGUUGAUUUACUCUGGGACGACCUUCUCCUCAUCUUCCAGUUUGUUUGGCAUACAUCAGUAGAAUGCUUCCAAGUCCAACAUGUGACUUUUGGAGGCAAGGUUUAUCUUGACCAUAAUUCAUUUGAUUACUCAAAUACUGCAAUGAGAACUAUAAAAUUGGAGCACAUACAGUUCAGAAUUUUUUAUAUUCCACAGGAAAGGGUCUACUUGCUUUUUACCAAAAUGGAUAUAGAAAACCUGACUAUAUCAGAUGCACAAAUGCCACACAUGCGGUUUCCUAAUUAUCCUACAAGAUUCAAACAUUUAAAUUUUGCUGAUAAUAUCUUAACAGAUGACCUGUUUAAGCAACCUAUCCAAUUGCCUCAUUUGAAAACUUUAAUUUUGAAGGGCAAUAAAUUGGAGACACUUUCUUUAGUGAGUUUCUUUGCCAACAACACAUCCUUGAAGCACUUAGAUCUCAGCCAGAAUCUGUUACAAUAUGAAAAUGAUGAAAAUUGCUUUUGGCCAGAAACCUUGAUCACUAUGAACCUGUCAUCCAACAAAUUUGCUGAUUCUGUUUUCAGGUGCUUGCCCAGAAGUAUUCAAAUACUUGACCUGAAUAAUAACAAAAUUCAAACUGUCCCUAAAGAGAUUAUUCAUCUGAAGUCUUUGCGAGAACUAAAUCUCGCAUUUAACUUUCUAACUGAUCUUCCUGGGUGCAGUCAUUUCAGAAAACUCUCAAUUCUGAACAUUGAAAUGAACUUAAUUCUCAGCCCAUCUCUGGAUUUUUUCCAGAGCUGUCAGGAAGUUAAGACUCUGAAUGCAGGAAGAAAUCCAUUCCGGUGUACCUGUGAAUUAAGAGAUUUCAUUCAGCUGGAAAAAUAUUCACAGGGCAUGAUGAUUGGAUGGUCAGAUUCAUAUAUCUGUGAAUACCCUUUGAAUCUAAAGGGGACUCGGUUAAAGGAUGUUCAUCUUCCUGAAUUAUCUUGCAACACAGCUCUGUUGAUUGUCACCAUUGUGGUUAUCAUGCUAGUUCUGGGGACGGCUAUGGCCUUCUGCUGCCUCUACUUUGAUCUGCCCUGGUAUCUCAGGAUGCUAGGUCAGUGGACACAGACAUUGCAGAGGAUUAGGAAGACAACCCAAGAACAACUCAAGAGAAAUGUCCAGUUCUAUGUGUUUAUUUCAUACAAUAAACAUGAUUCUACCUGGGUGAAGUAUGAAUUAAUUCCCAAUCUAGAGAAAGAAGAGAACUUGAUUUGCCUUCAUGAAGGAAACUUUGAUCCUGGCAAGAGCAUUACUGAAAAUAUCACGAACUGCAUUGAGAAAAGCUGUAAGUCCAUCUUUGUUUUGUCUCCCAACUUUGUCCAGAGUGAGUGGUGCCAUUAUGAACUUUACUUUGCCCACCAAAAUCUCUUCCAUGAAAAUUCUGAUUACAUAAUUUUUAUCUUGCUAGAACCCAUUCCACUCUACUGUAUUCCUACCAGGUAUCCUAAGCUGAAAGCUCUUAUGGAAAAGAAAGCAUACUUGGAAUGGCCCAAAGAUAGGCGUAAAUGUGGACUUUUUUGGGCAAAACUUAGAGCUUCUAUUAAUGUUAAUUUAUUAGAAACCAGAGAGAUGUGUGAACUACAGACAUUUGUGGAGCUGAAUGAAGAGUCUCAAGGUUCUGUAAUCUCUCUGAUAAGAACAGACUGCCUAUAAAAAUCCUCCCUUCCCAUAGGGAAAUGGGCCUUGCAUACACCAUGGGGAUAGAAAUUGAUACAGCCUUUAUGAUGGUUAUUUGGCAAUAUCAUUUAAAUGAAAAAUGACUACUUUUAUGUCACUUCCUCGAAGGAUUUCUAAGAAUGUAUCCUACAGAAAUACAAGUUUGCAAAGGCUUCUAUAAAACGGUGUUCAUCCCAGAAUUAUUUGUAAUACUGAAAAAUUGAAAACAGCUCAUGUUUCCACAGAAUAAAAACGAAUUCAAUAAAUUAUAGUUCAUUAAUGCGAUAAAAUGUUACACAGCCAUUAAAAAGAAUGAGGUAGUUCUAUAUUUACUGGUAUGGAGAAAAUUAUAUUAAUAUGGUGGUUUAUAUAUUGAAAUAAAAGUCUAAAUGAAUCUAUA